ACUACAUCAGGCGGCGCCGCUCCGGUCUUCAAAUGAGAUCGCGUUUCAGUCGGCGACGAAAACUCCGUCAAUGGCGAUUCGAACAAACGCCGUUUUGCUUUCGCUCGAUUAAAGAUCAGUUGUAGUCGGCCUAUAUCAGAUUUGAUUUCCUCAUGCUGUCGCGGCCAAAGUAAGUUUUUUCUCUUCUCUUAAGUUCACAAAUCAAAUGGCUUCAAAACUAAUUCACGCAACAAAAUUUGAAGCUGCAAAUCCAUUAGAAGUUUCUCUAAUAGAAGCUUUUCAAUCUGUUGAACAUCAAUUGAGACCUCCAUUUCCUCUCAAAGUUGCAUCUUCAACAUCAGAUUACUUAGAUUUCAACAGAGCAAUACUCUAUGGAAUCUUAUGUGAACCGCAUUCAGCACACAUUCAUAUGAAACAUCUAUAUGGAAAAGUAACAGAUGGAUACAAUUUCUUCACAACCACCAUUAUUAAUCUUGUUAAUGAUCUAUACCCUAGACUUCUCCAAUCAGUUAAGCUUCAAUUACUCUGGAUCACCAAUGAAAUGAUUCAUGUCUCUUCCAUAGGAAUCGAUGGAUUACCUGUUGCCCUUAUGAGACAAAUCAUUGGAGGCGAUUUAACUGAAGGAAACAUAUGGUUAUGUUUUGAAUUACUUAAACUAUUGAUGAACAAAUGGGAUUGUUUAUUAGAUGAAAACCAUUUCAUCUUAACAAGUGCUCUCUACACAUUUCUCCGCUUGUUGGCUGAUCAUUACAGGUACAACGAUCCAAAUUUAUCGGUUUUGAAGAAAAUGGAGAUUGAUUUUUGUGUUAGAAUGUUGAAUGAACAGUUUGGAUUGUGUAUUACAAUCGGUAGAGACCUUAUUCGUCUUCUUCAAGAUCUUGUUCAUAUACCCGAGUUUCAACUUAUAUGGAAGAGUCUCAUUCUUAAUCCUUCAAAUUUCAAAGUGGACACAUUUUCAGACAUCUCACAGAUUUACAUGAAAAGGACAUCGAGUCGUUAUCACUUGCUCCGAAUUCCACCUGAGAUGGAAACCAAUCUUCGGUUUUUGCUUACACAUGUUAAUCUUGGUAGUCAAAACCGAUACCAAGCUUGGUUUAUGAGGAAAUUUCUUUCGAAUCCAAACAGGGACAGUCUAGUAACUGAUAUAAUUCGGUUUGUAUGUUGUGGGCAUCAUCCGACAGUUGAGAUCAUUCGAUCGGAUAUUCUUCCCAGAUGGGCUAUUAUAGGUUGGCUGUUGAAAUCGUGUACGAAGAAGUAUCAUGUAGAAGCGAGUGCUAAGUUAGCAUUGUUCUAUGAUUGGCUUUUCUUUGACGAAAGAUUUGAUAAUAUCAUGAACAUUGAGCCUGCGGUUUUACUAAUGGUGAACUCGAUACCUCAAUAUAUCGAUAUGACGAACAGUUUACUGGAGUUUCUUCUUCUUGUUGUCGAUAAUUAUGAUGUUGAGAGGAGUGGUUUAAUUAGAGAACGGGUGACUAUGGUUUUUAAUAUGCUUGUUGCGAAAGGAGUGAUUCGUUCUAUCGAUGUUUUCGUUCGUUGCGAUGGAUUGUCUCCGAAUCUUAAAGAGAGUUUUUUGAAGCUGUUGAUGCGUAGAAAACCGCAAAGUGUUGACAAUCAAGGUAUUUCCAUGCCUGAUUUGCAUUUACAAGUUUCUCCUCAACGCAGUUAA